AUGUCGAAGUCGCGAUUCCGAGAUCCGAAUCAAUGGUCCCAUCCGCAGGAUCGUGCAGACCCCGAGAAGGCUCCCUCGCCCGCGUUCUAUGAUUCCUUCCCCAGCGACGACGAAAUCGUAUACUCCGACACGUCCCGCGUCACCUCGGGCUCGUUGAGCUCGCAUAUUCCCAUGUUGCCCAGUCCCUCGCGGCGGCGAAGGCCGCGGAGGAAUGGCAUCAUGCCGCAUCGAUUGAUGAGAUGUCUUUGUCUCGCCCUUUUCGUCGCACUACUCCUCUUCGUCCUCAAUUUGUUCCGCUUCACCCUGUUUGGAAGUGCGGAACAAGUGCCCAUUGAAAUGUCGAAACCCGCUCCGAAACCACACGUAUGGGAAAGCUUCCCAUUCCUGAAACGUUAUCAUGGAGGCAUCAGAACAUUGGUAUCGCGGAAGGAAAAUGUGCCAGAGUACCCGGGAGAUGGUGCUCCAAGUGACGAAUUAACGCCAUCCAUGGAAGACUCCCUGCUAGAGAAUGGAGGAAAGGGACAAGAAAAACAGGGCGAAGAAGAGGAAGCUAGAAAGUUUGUGCAAAAGCGCUCGGAGAAUAUCCCUCUUACUAGCUCUCCCUUCAAUCCCUAUCCGGAUUACAAGUCAGAGGAUUACAUUGCGAAGUUCGGCGAAAAGGUUGAAUGUUUCCUCGAUGCGGAAAACCAGGUCAGGAUACCUUAUUUACAAUAUUACCCUGGUGUGCCUCAAGGUUUCCCCGAAGCAAUCAUGGGCUCCAACGAAAUGUUAGGCAUGCGUGACGAUGUUUGCUUCGAUCGUUUUGGUCGUCUCGGUCCAUAUGGGCUCGGAUACGGUGCUAGGAAGGGCGGCAGUGGUGCUGGCAUGGAAGGCGAGCGCGAAGGUUCCGAGCGUGUCUGGGAUGAUUAUCCACCUGUCGACUUCCGUGGAGUCAGUUGGGCUGCGGCUCAGAAUAGCUGUAUCAUUGCUAACCGUCACCGAUUCGCUGACCUUGGGGACCCUCGCAUGGAUCGUGCUUUUGCCAUGCCAAUUGGUGCUCCAAAAGCCCAUCUAGAAACCCUCCCGGCCCCUCAGGAUAAAGUCCACGGUACGGACCAUCUACCACGUACGGCAGUUUUAAUCCGAACUUGGCACGAAUACCAUUACACCACUGAGGAUAUACUCUACUUGCGAUCUCUGAUCUCGGAGCUGUCGUUGAUGACUGGCGGUGAAUUCACCGUGCAAUUCCUGAUUCACGUCAAAGACGACAACUUGCAGAUUUGGUCUGACGAAAAGACAUACGAUCGUGUCCUUCGAGAUUCUCUUCCGGAAGAGUUCCAGGGGAUGGGAAUUCUAUGGUCAGAACGACAGAUGAAUCUAAUAUAUGGUGGCUUGGAAGAAAGUUUCGAGCGUGGGCUACCAGUUCAUGGUGUGUACCGCAGCACUUUCAUGCCUGUCCAGUAUUUUUCUUAUCUACACCCGGAGUAUGAUUAUGUCUGGAACUGGGAGAUGGAUGUUCGCAACACCGGGCAUUGGUACCAUUUAUUUGACAAGGCAAGCAGUUGGGCGCGCCAGCAGCCACGAAAGGGCCUAUGGGAGCGGAAUUCUCGAUUUUAUGUUCCCAGCGUACACGGGCCUUGGGAUGAUUUUAUGCACACUGUUCGCGUGCAAACGGAACUCGGCACCAACAGUCCCAACAACAUCUGGAGUGCAGUGAAGGACGCGGAUGCCAAGGCUGAUCCCAAUCACAAGGACCACGGCCGACAUGGUGAGGAUUUCAUAUGGGGCCCAGCGCGUCCACAUGAAAGCGACAUCUUGGAGCUCGAUAUAGAUGGAAUACCUCCCACGAGUAUGGAGAAGGAUAAGUAUGAAUGGGGUGUUGGGGAAGAAGCCGAUCUCAUAGUAUUCAAUCCACUGUACGACCCCGAAGGAACUACAUGGCUGCUCCGAAACGACGUUACUGGCUACAAUCGGGAAGAAGGGUUACCAGAACGUCGCGCUGCCAUCAUCACAGCGUCUCGACUUUCUCGAAAACUACUCAUGACCAUGCACCGUGAGACAAGCAUGAAGCGACACACAAUGUUCUCCGAAAUGUGGCCGGCAACUACAGCACUACAUCAUGGUUUGAAAGCGGUCUAUGUUCCUCAUUCGGUGUACAUCGACCGCAAAUGGCCACCACGAUAUGUGGAGGCUGUCUUCAACGGAGGCCGAAAUGGUGCUUCUGGUGGGGCUCGCACAUCGAUCUUUGGCGACCGCGAGCACAAUUUCCGGGGUACUACGUGGUUCUAUUCCGCGGGAUUCUCGCCUAAUCUUUACCGCCGCUGGCUGGGAUAUAAAGUCGACAACGAUGGUGGUGAAGAGGAAGAGCUGGCUGGUGAGGGCAGGAUAUGCCUGCCGCCUAUGUUGUUGCAUCCGGUCAAGGAUGUGCAGUUGGUGAUUGAUAAUGGAGACGUUAACGAGGAAGGCGAUGGGCUGCCAUCGAUACCUACGGAAGAAUCAUAA